AUGAGUAGUUAACAACCUGAUAGUCCUACUAUAUAAAAUGUGCCUUUAUAAGAAAGACACUUGAUGUAAGAAAAAGUAGCCGAAGAUAUUUCUAAGGAAGCUUAUGAUUACAUGCCUGUAGAGAGUUUUGGUAGCUUUUUAAUUAAAAAAAUGGGAUAUGAUGAAAAAUAAGGCAUUGGUAGAAAGUAGCAAAUAGUUAGACCGAUAGAAUUUGUACCUAGAAAUCAUAGACAAGGUUUAGGAGCUGAUCCCAUGCCUUCAUUUUUAUAAAAGUAAAAAGAUGGAAAAGAAAUCCCAAAGGGGUUACAAAAUUUAGUUAGCAAAACGGGAAAGAGUUAUAAUUAUAUUGGAGAUAAACUUAUAGAUAAGAAUAAAUAAAUAGAUAUAAAUGAUAAGGUAAAUAUUAUAGCUGGAAAGCAUGAAGGAUUGCAAGGUUUUAUAACAAAAGUUGACAAAGAAAAAGAAGAAUAUUUAGUUGAGUUAAAAAACGGGCAAGUUGUCAAAGUAGAUAAAAAAUAAGUAAAGUUGAUAAUACCUGAGCUGGAAAAGAUGUAGGAAGAAACUAAACAUAAAGAAUAAAGUGAUAGCGAAAGUGAAGCAAGUAGUUAAGGUAAUGCUGAAUCUGAUUAAAGUGAAUCAAGUGAUGAUGAAAAAAGUAGCAGCGAUCAUGAGAAGAAAGCCAAGAAAUCUAAAAAGAUUAAAAAAGACAAAGAUAAAAAAGACAAGAAGAGUAAAAAAGAUAAGAAAAGCAAGAAAGAUAAAAAGAAGAAAAAAGACUCAAAAAAGAAAAGACUAAAAUGGGUAGAGCCUCUUAUUAGAAUACGUAUUAUUAGUAAAAAAUAUAAGGAUGGGCAGUUCUACAAUGUGAAGGCAAUUAUAUCAGAUAUAAUAGAUUGCUAUACAUUCACAGUAAUUACUCCUUCAAAAAACACAUUAGAAGAUUUAAGAGAAAAGGAUAUAGAAACUAUCAUUCCUGAUAUUGGAAAAAAAGUUAAAGUACUAACAGGUGAAAAUAAAGGUCAUGUAGCUACUUUAUUGGAAAGAAAUAAAAGGAAAAAUGAAGUUGUGGUUCAGAUAGUUGAUACUAUGGAAACUAUUAUUUUAUCCUAAGAUGAUGUUUCUGAAGUUGUAGCUUGA